AUGUUGAUCAUCGGACUCACCGGCUCAAUAGCAACGGGCAAAUCCACCGUUUCAACCAUCCUCUCCUCACCCCCCUACUCCCUCCCCAUAAUCGACGCCGAUGUUCUCGCCCGCAAAGUAGUCGAACCCGGCACCGCCGGCUACAAAGCAAUCGUCAACUACUUCGGAGCCAGCACCCCAGACCUACUACUCAACGAUGCACCAGACACACCACACGGCAAACCCCUCAACCGACCAGCACUCGGCCGCCGAGUCUUCGGCAACACCGAGGAGCGCAAACGCGACCGCCAAGUCCUAAACGGCAUCGUGCACCCCGCCGUCCGCUGGGAAGUCUACAAAGCGCUAAUCUACCACUACCUGCGCGGACAAUGGGCCGUCGUGCUAGACGUGCCACUCCUCUUCGAGAGCGGAAUGGAUCUGAUCUGCGGGACGGUGAUAGUGGUCGGCGUUCACGAUCCGGAGAUCCAGAUGGCGCGUCUGCGGGCGCGGGAUGCGCAUUUGACAGCCGAGGAUGCGGAGAAUAGGGUAAUGAGUCAGGGGGAUGUGCGGGUCAAGGCGACGCAGGCGGAAUUCAGAGGGACGGGGACUGCGCGGGGCGUGGUUGUUUGGAAUGAUGCCGAUAAGGCGGAGUUGGAGGUUGCGGUCAAGGAGGCUAUGGGGAGUAUUUCGGCGUCGAGUCCGAGGUGGUGGGCUUGGAUUUUGUUGGUUGUGCCGCCCGUUGGGGUUGGGGUUGCGGCUUGGAAUUUGAUUGUCAAUUUUGCGACGCAGAAGGGGUGGGAGAAGAAGAAGCGGGAGGAGAAGUCGAAGCUUUAG